AUGGAACUCUGCUUUUUUGCGUCAAUGCGAGUAACCAACAAUGCUCGUUCUGCCAUAGUCCAUGCGGUCUUCAAGCAUGCGAUGUACAGUACCCGAGGUGGAGGAGCUAGUGCUGGUGGAGGGGACAAUGUCCAACAAGGUGUUGAAGUCGAACAGGAUGCUGGUGGUGCGCGUAAAGACGUAGUCUUAGGUGAGCAUGCAGAUCAUGAUGCACAACCUGCCAUAGUGAAAGAAAGCCGCGAUAGUUGUAAAGCAGACUCCAGAGCAGCAGACGCGUCAUCCUUAGAUCGUAUCGGAACAUUGUCGAACUUGAUGAGCACGGACGCAGACAAACUAGGCAAGAUGCCUUGGAUAAUCUUCAGCUUCUCUCAGCAAACCUGGGCCAUCUGUAGUUUUCCGUUAGUG